CGGAGGCGCUUGUCAAUCAUGUGUUUACUCAACUCGUCCUACAUAGACACACUCCUCCUGAGUGCAAAUCGGAGAACGGGACAAGAGACAAUGUAAAUGCUCUCCCAUCAGAAUUGAAGCUUGAGAAAAUCCCCCAGUGAUGGAUGUGAGAGAUGGAGCGGCGGCGUGGGAAGCGCUGGCGAGCCGGGACUCGUGUUCCCGAGAUGCAGCCAUGGAGCACAUCGAGCAGGAGGUGAAGAGGAAGGUGGAGAGUAUAGGGCCAAUCCUGAAGACCUCAUCAUCCUCAUCCUCAUCAUCAUCAUCAUCAUCACUGUCUCGUGGGACGGCUGAAGACCUUAACUGCGUCCUGGCACGCGUCCUCAUGCUCUCCAAGCGGUGUCCUUACGAAGACGUGAGGCAAAGAUGCGUCUGGCUGCUCCGCAGCGUUCAGGACAUGGGAGUGCGAAUCCCCAGGCCACUGGGAAACGGACCAAGCAGAUUCAUCCCAGAGAAAGAGAUCCUUCAAGUCAGCAAAGUGGACACCAGAACGCAGUCGAUAUUCGAGGACGCCUUUUCGCUCGGCCGGCUUGAUAACAUCUGCCUGGUGAUGGGCUUCCAUCCUCACUAUCUGGACUGCUUCCUGAGGACGCAGCAUUACCUGCUUCAGAUGGACGGACCCUUGUCUCGCCACUACAGGCACUACAUUGGCAUCAUGGCCGCUGCCAGGCACCAGUGCUCGUACUUGGUCAAUCUGCAUGUGAAUGACUUCCUGCAGGUUGGGGGGGACCCCAAGUGGCUGAACGGACUAGAUGGAGCCCCGCAGAAGCUGCGCGCCCUGGGAGAACUCAACAAGAUCCUGGCUCACCGGCCGUGGUUGCUCACCAAAACGCACAUCGAGAAUCUACUGAAGGCCGAGGAGCACAGUUGGUCUCUAGCCGAGCUGAUCCAUGCCGUCGUGCUGCUCACACACUACCACUCUUUGGCCUCGUUCACCUUCGGCUGUGGGAUCACGCCAGACAUUCACGCUGAAGGAGGACACACUUUCAGACCCCCAUCGCUCAGCGGAUACUGCAUGUGCGACAUCGCCAACGGCAACGGUGCUUUGGACGACAUGGUGGGAAACCAGCAGGAGAUGGAGGAGUCAGGCGAGGUCGAAGUGCUGAUGGAGAGGAUGAAGCAGCUGCAGGAGUGUCGCGAUGAAGAGGAAGCCAGUCAGGAGGAGAUGGCCACGCGUUUCGAGCGGGAGAAGACGGAGAGCAUGCUCGUGGUAACAGCAGAAGACGAGGAGUGUGUGCCGUCCAGGGACGUCUCAAGGCACUUUGAGGACCCCAGUUACGGCUACCAAGACUUCUCCAGGCGAGGAGAGCACGUGCCCACCUUCAGAGUGCAGGACUACAGCUGGGAGGACCACGGCUUCUCCCUGGUGAACCGGCUGUACCCAGACGUCGGCCAGCUGCUCGACGAGAAAUUCCAGAUUGCGUACAAUCUCACCUAUAACACGAUGGCCACACACCAGGGUGUAGACACCUCCAUGCUCCGCCGAGCCAUCUGGAACUACAUCCACUGCAUGUUUGGGAUCAGGUAUGAUGAUUAUGAUUACGGCGAGAUCAAUGAGUUGCUGGACCGCAGCUUUAAAGUCUACAUCAAGACUAUGGUGUGUAGCCCAGAGAAGACCACCAAGAGGAUGUAUGAGAGUUUCUGGAGGCAGUUUCAGCACUCUGAGAAGGUCCAUGUAAAUUUGCUUCUUAUGGAAGCGCGCAUGCAGGCGGAACUGCUCUAUGCUCUAAGAGCUAUCACUCGCUAUAUGACAUGAAGUGCUAUUACCGUUUCUCUUUGUAACUUCACUGUCGUUGUUGUUGCUUUCGUGGGACACAUCAAUAAAAGUAAAAACAACAAAAAAAAAGAGGAAAAACACAAAAAAAAUUAAAGGAAAGCCAGAAGUGGAGGAUGACACCGAUCAUCUUUGUGGCGGACGCUGGAAAAAAGAGAUGAAAGGAAAAAAAAAAAAAGGCAGGAGAGAAGUCGUCUGAACCCACUUGCUGACUGAAACGCGUGGUCGCUUGGCCUGCAGUGCCGAAGCCCACCAGCAGAGGGCAACAUUUUGCAAACCCGUGUAAUGGGAUAGCCUGAGACUGCGAGCUUCUGGAGGCGAGCCCUCCGCAUAGUGUUUCGAAUGCAUCUGGAUGAAGAUGCUCCUCAAAUCUUUUUUUUUUUUUUUUUUUUUUGAGAUGAAAGGAGAACCAAUUACCACAACUCCAGUAUCGGUGCAAGCAGUGUGCACUAUCAUGCCUUUCUACUCUUACUGUUUUUUUUUUUUUUUUUUUUUUUGGGUUUGUUUUUCAUAUUGUUCUGUUGUAGUGCAGGUGAAGAGCAUUAGUGAAGCUGCGUAAAUGUGUGCCUAGUCACGUGCAGCACUGGAGCCGAAAGCAGAGGUGCUGUUCGUUAAUGCUGCUUUUCUCAACUGAGAGGCGUGAGCCUCAAAACACCCAAACCAUUGCCGAUUUCAUAAGCUAACGUGUAGGAUGUGAGCGGGAGUGAGGAAUGAAAUGUGUGUGUGUGUGUGAGAGAGAAAAAGAGAGAGGGGUGUGUGUGUGGGUGUGUAUGUGUGUGCGGUAGAGAGAGAUUCAAAAGAAACCGCAGUCUGAGCCCUUGUUUUUGGUUUACUGUAAGUUACCACUCUGUCUCUACUUACCAAUGUGUGUUUAUAUAUAUAUAUAUAUAUAUAUAUAUAUAUAUAUAUAUAUAUAUAUAUAUAUAUAUAAAUCUUAUAGCCUUUUUUUGGUAUUUCAGGCAUAAAAAAUAUCAAAGCACUUUGUUUCUGAAAUAUCAAAACAUGCUUCAGCUGUAAUGUAGCCGUUUUUGGGUUAGUGACCAUUUCCUACAUUCACUUUGUGUUGUCUGAGUGACAAGCCGAGUGAUGGAUUGAUUUUCAAGGAUGAAACCAGUCUUCCUGUUGACGUGAUGUGCUUCCUGUUGGUCUGAACCCUUCCCCAACCCUUCACCUGUCUUCCCUUUACCACAUGGUCAUCUUAACUCUCGAAAAGCUGUUGUUUUGAUGUUUUUAGGGUUGUCAGUAUAAUAAAAUACCUCCUGUUUAUAUAUCUCGUUGGUGAGCAGGAUCUUAUCGUUUGUAGUUUCCCUGCACAGGCUUUCACGCUUAGAGCCCAGCUCCCCAAAUGAUCAUGACAUACACACGGCUUGUUUUUCAAGAAUUUCAAGAAGUAUAACUAAGCAGCCUUUUUUUUUAAUUGUUGAGUGUGUGCGUGUGUGUGCGUGUGUGUGUGUUUUAAGGAGUAUAGAUUCUGUGUUUACUUAAAAAAAAAAAAAAAAAAUCAAAAAAAUCAAUCAAGUACUGCAUUCUGAUGGUGGCUGGAACAGCUGGAUGUAGACGUGUGUUGAGAAAGAAAGAGGGAUGGUACUUUUUUUUUUUUGGAGAUGUAUGCUAAGAAGCAAUGAGCUUUCUUUUUUUAAAAAACAAAAAAAAAACAAUCUUCAGAGACUGAUGUCAGUUACUGACACUUUUAUAAGAAAAUGUUUAACAAACAAAAAAAAAAUAAUAAAGAAAAUAAAACAUAUAAUCUCUUUGUAUUACCUGAAUUUCCAUAAGUAUUUUUUUUUCUCUCUGGUAAACAAUCCCAUAUAACAUGAGCAUGGAGAUAUCAGAGAUAAAUACCUCCAGUUGUGACAAGUGUGUGAACAAUUGUAUUCAACUGUAUUCAUAUUGAUAAAAUACCUCUUAGCCUGUGAAUUGGAGACAAAAACCCGUUAUGGAAUGUAUGUUUAUAUAACUUUGUACUCUCUGGCCCACGUUUGUGUCUGUCCUAUUGCAAAGCUUGUGAAUGAUCACAAGUAGGAAACACCAUUACAGCUAACAAGUUCCUGGAAAUGUUAAUAGUCGAAGCACACCUCGGCCUAGUAGAGGAUGUAAUUCUGCUAUGCAGUAAUAACGCGCACACACACACACACACACAAACACAGGAAUUGAUCUGUCCUCUGGAGAAGAUCAGAGUAACUCAGCUUGUUGGGUUUGUAGCGUUUCUCACCGUGCUGUUGCAUCAUUCUUUGAUUUAGCACAUUACUAAUGUUUUAAUUGGGAUAUCAUAAUAAAUGCCUAUUAUGCUUUGGAUGUGUAUUGAAUUAUUACUGAAUUUGGCUUCUCUUCGUGGGACAGUUCUGAGGAUGAGUGUUGUUCUAGGUAAUUGUACAGAUGGUACCAGUAAAGUGUUAUUGUUAGGCUGAAAGGAAUGUUAGAGACGGAGAACCAGUGCCAUUUUGUAUCAUUUUGCUGUAACUGUUUAACAUGAGAUUCUAACUCUGUCCUGUGUCCCUUCUGGUCGCGUUAAUAAAGAGUUUGAGAUCA